AUGAGCCGUAUCGAGAUUGAGAGCAGUGAAUAUGAGAAUAAAUUUGACCUCUCGUACGAUAGUGAUCCCGCGAAGAGCAGCUAUCAGUCUCCGUCCCCACUUAUCAUUCAAAACGAAGAUGGAUUAUCGAUUACAUUUAGGCAGUUUGUCCCCGAUAUACAUGCAUACUUGAACGAGCAUUUUGAAGAAAUCAAGAAAGCUCAGCGACUGGUUGCUGCACUGCCUUGGUCAGGGACACAGUGGUAUUUCCAACGCGCUUGGCCGCAUGAAAUAGAGUAUAGUAACGUCCUUUCGUAUGUCGAGAUGAUGCGCCACGUGGCAGAUGCCAGAUUCAGGGAUAUACUGUGGGCCCAGCCAUUAACAAAGGCUUAUGAGUACGAAAGGAAGUUCCAGGGCCGUCGAUUCCGCCUUGUCAAGCUGAAAUAG